AGAAAGCGAACAUUAACAUCGAGAUGGCGCACGAUUCCGACAAGAGGUUCCAUUCCAUCAUGGACAAGCUCUUCCGUUCUUCCCCCUCCAGCUCCUCUGAAGUGCAACUAUCUGGUAGGAAACGUCCUUUUCAGUCAACUUCAUUAGGGUUAAUGACAAUAGAACCAAAUGUGAGUAGUGAGAGACAGCAACCCUCAUCGGCAACAGCUCAAGCACCGUUAUGUAGACCGUGGGAUCGUGGUGACUUUAUGAGAAGAUUAGCCACCUUUAAGUCUAUAUCGUGGUUUGCUAAACCCAAGGUAGUGAGUGCAGUAAAUUGUGCUAGAAGAGGUUGGAUCAAUGUGGAUAUUGACACCAUAGCCUGUGAAGUGUGUGGUUCACGUCUUCUUUUUUCUACGCCAGCUUCUUGGAAUCAACAGCAGUUGGAGAAGGCAGCCCUAGUCUUCAGCUUAAAGCUGGAUAAUGGACAUAAAUUACUUUGUCCGUGGAUUGACAAUACCUGUGAUGAAACACUUGCAAGAUUUCCACCUACACCUCCCCCUGUAUUAGUUGAUAAUUUUAGAGAACGUUGCUCUGCUUUCAUGCAACUAUCAGCUCUUCCGUGUAUUUCAUCAUCGGCAAUAGAUUACAUGAAAAACCCAUUACUGGAAGAUUUUCUUGAACAGUCUUUGAUGUUGGAAUGUGGAAAUGAGUCUGCAAACAGUUCUGGGAUAGAAAGUCUCAGUAGUCAACAUGAAUUGAAGUCGUAUUAUCAGGCUCAAAAGCUCUUAAGUUUAUGUGGUUGGAAUCCCCGUGCUCUAUGUUACCAAGUUGAUUGCAAGGAUGCAUCGGAUCAGUCUGCUAAAAGUAAUGCUAUUCUAGACUCUCAAGUAGUUGGUGGCAUGAAGAGUAAUAGCCUCAUUGUCCAAUCCACUAAUACUGGUGAAAGUUUGAAAAUAGAUGAAAAUUCAAAGGAUCCUAGAAGAGAACAAAUGGAUCCCAAUUCUGUAGUUUUAGAUUGUAGCCUGUGUGGAGCUACUGUUGGAUUGUGGGCAUUUGGUACAGUUCCUAAGCCUGUUGAAUUAAUCAGAUUAGUAGGAUAUACAGAACUGAAUGGCAAAAAUGAUUCGGGGACAAACAAUUUAUUAAAUAUAAGUGAUCUUGAUAAUAGGCAGGGUGUAACUAACGACAUUUCAGAUGUUGCAACAUCAUCGAAGGAUAUAACUUCAAGUCUAAAGAUGACAAUUGCUGGUGGUCCUCCCCCAACAGAGCAAAAUUUUAAAGCAAUAAUAUCUUUUCCUGUUAUUGGUCAGAAUUUAAGGGCUCGGCUGUCUUAUGAUUCUGAUUUUGGAGAUCACGCUUUUGUUGAUGAAGAUGGUAUUCAAUCUAAUUCACAGAAGAAAAGAAGGAUUCAGGUGAACAAGGAUGAAGCAAUUAAUGCUUCUACCGGACAACUUGUUCUUGUACCAUCUGAAAUAAGGGAAAUUUUGGAUUGUCAAACUGAUUCUCAAGCAAGUAUUCAUGAAUCAGUUAUAGUAGAUGAUGUUACAAAGGGCACCCAUUAUACAGGACAGCCUUCCAGUGAUAAUGAUAAGAUGCUUAUACACACAGGGGCUGAUGGAUUGAACAGCUUCAAUGCAGGAGAUCCUAGUAGCUCUCAGAAAGACUUAACAGAUGGUGAAGCAAUUUCUGUUUCACAGAAAACUUCGGGUGGAAAAGUCAGUAGUCUUAAAAAUUAUGGGGUCAGUGUCAAAGACAGAUUAGAGAAUCCCAUGAACAAUGAAGAAGUAAAUUGUACUUUAGGGAAAGAUCUUAGACCUGUACUGUCUGAUAAAGCAAUGGCAUUUGAUCCAAUCAAGCAGCACAGACACUUCUGCCCCUGGAUUGCAUCAAUAAAUGAUGGGGUUGGGGAACCCGGAUGGCAACAAACACUGUUUGCUUUGUAUCAUCAGAAAAACCGUUUGCGGCAUUCACCAAAUAAAUCUCCAUCCUCGACAUCCAUUGUCAAGGUUGAUGACCCUAUUGGUUCGGUUAGAAAGCUUUUCAUGUCUCCAUCUACAGCUAGAAGGAGCCCUACUCGCAGGUUAGGCCAAAGUACAGAGCAUAGGUAGCUUGGGCCCAGGUGAUAAGGGGAGCCACAGACCACCCUGUCUCUCUAAGCUAUUGUAAAUGCAUGGCACUUUUCAUGGCAUGGUAGCCCAUUUAAUACCCUUGUAAGUUGUGUCGUUGUAUCAAAAGUUCCGUUGCUUUUCUUUUUAGGAAAUAUUUAUGUUUCAAUUCUUCCUCCCAACAAAAGAAAACAAUUCGUAGCACCUUCAUAUCUGUGAUUGACGAUUUCCGAGAUGUAAUAUUUUUUCCUCAUUAGCUAUACAAAUGGACGUAGGCUCGGAGGUUAAUGGAUGACAAUGGAUUUUGUUAUCCA